ACGAGGGUCUUCUCUGCUCAUGUCUCUGCCGUCAUUUGAGAGUACCUUCUUGUAUAUAAUUGGUUGUAGGGAUCACCUACAGUCACCUACCCCUGAUGGAUUCCAAGGCCUUUGAGCGUGAUCGUUGAUCGACCAACACACAGACCUCGACUCCCACCAUGGCGACUGUUACACUGAAUGUGUCAGGGAAGAGGUUCACCAUCGGUAAAACUAUUUUACAACGCUACCCAGACACAAUUCUGGGACGGCUUACAACAGAAAGCCAGAAUUAUGAUCAAACUUGUGAUGAGUUUUUCUUUGAUCGUAAUCCUAAAAUGGUUCCUCCACUUCUUGAUCUGUAUCGGACUGGAGAGCUUCAUCUGCCAUCGCAUUUGUGUACAUUUACCAUUAAGAACGAACUGAGGUUUUGGGAGAUUAAAGAAGAUCUCAUUUCGGAGUGUUGCUGGAAAAAAUACAUUGCUGCUGUUGAAGACAUGAAAGCUGUUGACAUCAUCGAGAAGUCGUUAUACGACCAUCUAUCUGAAAAGCCGGCUACUUUAAACACAAAGCAUAAAAUCUGGAUGACGUUGGAGUAUCCCUCAUGCACUCUGUUAUCUAAGUUGUGGUUCAGCGUCUACAUAAUAAUGGUGUCUGUUGCCGUCGUCACCGCCUGUCUCAGCAUGUCCCCAGAGUUGCGCAUGCCCAUGGAACAUCUAGAUCCGGACUGGAACAGCUCCUCCAUCUUGAAUAUGCUCCUGAACACGGAAAUGAACGCAGAAAUCUACUUCAUUGACCUAAUAUGUCUUCUCUUCUUUACACUUGAAUUUUUACUCCGUUUGCUUUUGAGUCCCUCGAAGCGAUCGUUUUUCAAGAGUCUCCUCAACGUGAUGGACCUGGUGUUAACUGUCAUUAUGUGGUGCUCUGUGAUUCUGGAUCACGUGCCGGCUAUUGAGCAUGCGCAAGUUGGCCACACCGUCAUGAGAGCGUUGUUUUGUCUCAACAUCCUGAGAGUAUUCCACAUAGGUAAAACGUCGAAAGGAGUCAAGCUACUAUUGUUCACGCUGUCGGCGAGUAUGGAAGCCUUCGGUCUCCUACUGGUUUCAAUGACAAUGGCUGUUGUUAUUUUCGCAACUCUUGUUUACUUCGCGGAAGUAUCAACCAACUCGGACGCGUUUGAGAACAUCCCAGUUGCGGUAUGGUGGGCAGUUGUUACCAUGACGACUGUUGGAUAUGGCGACUACUACCCCCAGUCAUGGACGGGAUACAUUGUAGGAAUUAUGUGUGCAUUGUCUGGUAUUUUACUGUUGGCUCUACCGAUCGCUAUCAUUGCAUCGAAUUUUAAUACAUUUUACUCAAACUUAUCGUCAGCCGAACAAAGGGUUCGCCGUAAAAGGCUACAACAAUCGGAAGGACGGAUGGACGACACAGAAAAAUACAUAGACGGACCACACAAAUAACCAGUUAGACAAAAAGUGUGUGUUUUAAUGAUUUAAGUGGGUGCGUGUUCUUUCAUCCGUUGUUGUUAACACUGUAUUCAGCAGUAUUCCUGACAUAUGACGGCAGCCAAGCACCAUCGAGUCUGGAUCAGACUACGGGACCCAUCAGCUCGUAUCUUUUGACCAGCAUUCGUUCUGACGAGGACCCACCUCUGGGCGUUAUUAUUAUCAAGGGGGCGUUAGGCAUUAUAUUAAUUAUUUUGGUAGAGUUCGGGUUUUGCAAAUAUACAACUGUCAGUGGCGCUUACUCUGUUCGGGUUUUGCAAAUGUACAACAAUCGGAAGCGUUUACUGUUUUCGGGUUUUGCAAAUGCACAGCAAACGAAAGCGUUUAGGGUGUCUGGGUUUUGCAAAUGUAUAACAAUCGAUAGCGUUUACUGUAUUCCGGUUUUGUAAAAUUCAUGUACAGUAAAGAAGAGUUUUGGUUUU